CACAAAUGCAAAAUUUCAAGCCAAACCCUACUCACUAUAUAUAUACAAGCCCAGCCUUAUCGCAAACUUCUCUCUUUUUAAAUAAAUCAAACCCUAACUCGAGCCCUAAACCUAGCAUUGCUCUGUACUUUUCUCUCCGUCGAAUAGCAGUUUUAACGUUUGCCCGCCUGAAUGAGAGGAAGGAGUUACACACCGUCGCCACCACCACGGGGUGGUGGUUAUGGAAGGAAAGGACGCAGCCCGAGCCCCAGAGGUCGCUAUGCCGGUGGUCGUGGCCGAGAUCUUCCCACCAGCCUUCUUGUUCGUAACCUUCGCCAUGAUAGCAGGCCAGAAGACCUUCGCAGGCCAUUUGAGCAGUUUGGAGCACUUAAGGACAUUUACUUGCCUAGGGAUUAUUACACUGGGGAACCUCGUGGUUUUGGUUUCGUCCAAUUUGUAGAUCCUGCUGAUGCUGCAGAAGCCAAACGUCACAUGGAUGGUCGGGUUCUUCAAGGUCGAGAAUUAACUGUUGUGUUUGCGGAGGAGAACAGAAAAAAGCCAUCUGAUAUGAGGGCAAGGGAGCGUGGGAGGGGUCGGUUUCGUAGACGGUCUCCCCCACGUUAUUCUCGAUCCCCACCUCGCUAUUCACGCUCCCCACCUCCACAUUAUGGAAGAUCUCCCUCCCGUGAAUAUUCCCCUCCCCCAAAACAAGGGAAUUAUUCAAGAUCUUUUUCACACAAUGAUCGAAGGUAUAGUCGGGAGAGAUCAUAUUCACGUUCUCCAGCCUAUAAUGGUUCAAGGGGCCACAGCAGAAGUCCUGACAGGGGCCAGGGCCGAAGCCGUAGCCCUGGCAGAAGCCAGACUCCAAGACGUAGCCCAAGCAGAAGCAGAAGCCGGUCUCCGAGACGUGAUGGAUACUCUGGACAACUCAACGGAGAUAGGUCACCUAGUCAGUGAUCUACUGGAGGGAGAUGAUGCUCAUUUCCUGUCUAUCUUACAGAUUUUGUUUGAAGUUAAUGUUUUCUUAAUGAAUGCAGUAUUGUCGAACAACAGAAUUUGAUAUAGCUCUUGUUGAUGUUUAGGUUGAACUUCUAUGAUACUUUCUUAAAGUUGCAGUUUUAA